AUGCAAAACAUACAUGAAGAUUCAACCAUAGUUAGCUCUGAUGACAUGCUUGAAAGUGUUGUUGGUAUUGAUCCUCUCAAUAACAGACUACCAACAGAGCCUCCCUUAGAGUCAUACGAAGGAAUAGAGUUUGCAUCAAUUAAAGAGAUGAGAAUUUACUACAUAAGAUAUGCUAAGAAUAAAGUUUUUAGCUUUCGUAUGGGCCGUGUUACUAAAUCAAGAACAAAUGAUAUGAUAAUAGAUCGAGAAUUUCUCUGUUCAAAGGAGGGAUUUCAGGCAAAAAAAUAUGUGAAAGAAAAAAGCCCUAGUAAAAUAAGAUAUGUCUUAUGUACUGAAAAUGGUGGUGUUGAUAAUGUUAGAUUUAGUCUACAAGAUGUUAUCAAUGACUUAACUGAAAAGAGACAAAAAAAGUUAGAAAAUGGAGAUGCUCAAAUGAUGUUAUCAUAUUUUAAAAGUUGUCAAUUGAAGAAUCCUGGGUUUUUCUAUGCUUUUCAAAUGGACGCUGAAGGAAGAUUAGCAAAUUGUUUUUGGGUUGAUUCAAGGUCCAAAAUGGCAUAUAAAUACUUUGGUGAUGUUGUUACUUUUGAUCCGGCAGAGUUUUUUUUGUUGCUAAAUACUUGGUUAGAAGCAAUGAGUGGAGUUUCUCCUAAAACUAUCAUCACAGAUCAAGAUGCUGCUAUUAGUAAUGCAGUUGCAAAUGUAUUUCCAAAGGUUAAUCAUCAUUAUUGCAUGUGGCAUAUUGAGAAAAAAGUUCCUGAAUACUUGAAUCGUGUCUAUCACGAACAUGGUAAAUUUAAAAAUCAAUUUUACAAGUGCAUCCACCAAUCUACCACUGUUGAAGAAUUUGAUUCUGAUUGGGAAGCAAUGAUUGAUAAAUAUGGAUUACAAGAUAAUCAAUGGUUAAACAAGAUAUUCUCCAUUCGAGAAAAAUGGAUUCCUGCUUAUGUACGUCACAAUUUUUGUGCAGGAAUGUCUACUACUCAAAGGAAUGAAAGUAUGAAUAAAUAUUUUAAGGAUUAUUUGAAUUCAAGUACUUCAUUAAGCCAGUUUUUGACACAAUAUGAAAAAGAUCUUGAUGCACAAAAGGUUAAGUUUUCUAUUGAAGUCUCAACGUAUAAAGUUCGUGAAAUUUACAAAGAGAAGCCUAUCUACUAUGUGAAUUUUCAUGUCACUUCAAAAGAAGCAAAUUGUAGUCGUCACAUAUGGUCUAUUAAUGCUAAAAAAGAAAAGGUAAAAGAAGUGACAAUUGAAGGAUUUCAAGAAGGAAGCAGCAACGCUUCUGACACUUCAUUGUUUAAUAGUAUUAUGGUUCGCUCCCUCGAACUAUCAGAAAGAGGUUCACAAUCCGAAAAACAUCACGAUAUUGCAAUUCAAAAUUUGCAAAAUGGGAUUGUAAAACUUGAUUUAUUGGAUAUUGAAGAGUCAAAUAAGAAGUUUGUUGAUUCAACAUCUGAAGAUAUGCCAAAAGCAUCUGAUGUUAAUAUAGCUUUGCAUGACCCUCCACUUAUAGCAACUAAAGGACGUCUGCGGACUUUGCGAAUGAAAAGUAGUUUGGAGAUGGUGAUAAAUUCAAUUUUCAAACUCUAUUUUGAAACUUCUAUAUUGUUGGUUGAUUAA